GUACAGAGCAAGCAAGGUAAGGUAGGAUGGAUCGAUGGGUCGAUGGCGAAUGCGAGUGGACGUGAGAGGCACGUAGGUAUCGAAUUGUUUAGUCUGAAAGCUUGCAUCCAGUCAAAGAAGCAAUGCAUGUUUCAAGGCCCGAUGGUCGCGUUGGUUGAUUGUCAUGGCCUUCGAUUGACCUCAACCACGCUGCGGUAACGAGGGGACAGCCUGGCAGACCACACAACCAUCACAUGGAACCCGGAAGCUUGUUGCUCAUCGUCCAGGGAGGGCAGCCUGGAAGCUCUGCAGUCACCCCGCCUUCCUCCCUAUCCGCGCUUCUUGAGGAGGGAAGCACGAUCGACCUGACUAGGAAGGUACAUGCAAUACAAUACAAUGCGCCUUGGAACCUUAUAAUAUUUGCAGCUGAGAGCCUUCCGUUGAUCCAGGCUCUUUCCUCGAGCCCUGUCCCUACGAAGUUUGUGCCACGAGCGAGGUUUCGGACCCCAAUCCCCAAUGGAAUGGAAGAUGCCGAAGUGAAAAUCAGGUCCUGCAAUAGGGUCAAGGUUUCAAGACGUGUUGUCAGAGGCCCGGCUGCUGCCAUUGUAUGCGACGUCAUGGUCAGAUUGCCGACCCUGGCGCUCGAGAAACAGGCGGAUUGCAUGCAUUUCCUUUGCCUCGUACUUCGGGGCAUGUGUCGAUAUUGUCAGGCUCACCGAAACAGACCCGAUGGAAACCGUCCACUCCAACUACACCUACACCUUGGGACAGGAAACCUUAACCAAGGUGAGGCCGAGUCCUUUGCCGGAUGGUAUUUGGCGAGAAACCCAAUUUUAUUCCCAGAGAAUGACCCAGGAAUCCAUGUGCGUUUAUGACUAGCCCUUCGCUCAGAUGCAGGCAAUCAACUGUCUAGACCACAGGCCUUGCGCUCUUCACGUGGCUUUGACGGGAGGAUCUAGCCCUCAACACCACAUGUGUCAGCUCAUCCAUCCACCCGUCUCAUUUUUUAAAAAUACCCCGAAUGCAGUUCCCACUAUUUAAAAGUACACUAGUGCCGAGUUGCA